GACGAAUCGGAGUCGUCGAAAGUUGAUUGAAGGCAACCUCAAACACAUCAUGAUCAUUCCAAGACCCUCAUCAUUGGCUCUGGAUAUCAACACCUUACGCGGCGAACGACGAGUCGAUUUGAGGAAUCAUCGACGAGGGGAUGAGAAGAUCACAGCGUCCAACAUUCGAGUGAUGGAUAACAUCUCUUCCGUAACAUGUCUUUCAAUUUGAGUGUCGCGUGAGGAAUCAUGGUCGCUAAGAUCUCCGAGAUAUCGUCCAGUACAUGCAGCUCAUGACGACUGCUGAAAUCCAGCCAACAUGUUCGAGAAAUCGCUGGUCGACCUCAUCCGUGGCCUACGGAGCCACAAGGGCAAUGAGGGAGAAUACAUCCAAGGAGCUCUCAAGGAGUGCCGGGGCGAGAUUCGGUCCCAGGAUCUCGAUGUGAAAGCCACGGCACUCUUGAAGUUGAUCUACUUGGAAAUGUUUGGGUAUGACAUGACCUGGGCCGCCUUCAACGUCCUGGAGGUGAUGGCUUCACCGAAGAUCAUGCAGAAACGAGUAGGCUAUCUCGCUGCAGUGCAAAGCUUUCGACCGGAGACCGAGGUUUUGAUGUUGGCGGAGAACCUACUGAAGAAAGAUCUGACAUCUCCCUCGAUACCAGUUCUGUCGCUCCCGCUCACUACCUUGCCACAUAUUAUAACUUCUUCCCUCGCACUUUCAAUUCUGUCAGAUCUUCUUCCCCGACUGUCACAUUCUCAACCAGCGGUGCGGAAGAAAACCAUUGUCACUCUCUAUCGACUGGCUUUGGUCUAUCCGGAAACUCUACGAGUGGCAUGGCCAAAAAUCAAAGAGCGUCUUCUAGACGAACAAGAAGAUAGUAGCGUUACUGCCGCCACUGUCAACGUUGUUUGUGAGCUUGGAUGGCGAAGACCUCAAGACUUCCUGGCCCUGGCGCCGAGGUUGUUUGAUCUCUUGCUGGCUCAAAAGAACAAUUGGAUGGGCAUUAAAAUCAUCAAAUUGUUUGCAGUCUUGACGCCUCUCGAACCCAGACUGGUCAAAAAACUGGUCCGGCCACUCACAAAAUUGAUCCAGGAGACAACAGCCAUGUCAUUGCUUUAUGAGUGCAUAAGUGGGAUUAUCCAAGGUGGUAUUCUAGACGGAGCUGAGUCUGGUGUUGACGUUGAAGAGGUGGCCGAUCUCUGCAUAUCAAAGUUGAGAGGCAUGAUAGUGUUGGAUGGAGAUCCCAAUCUCAAAUACGUUGCACUCUUAGCUUUCAACAAAAUCGUGGGCACUCAUCCAGCACUGGUAUCGAUGCAACAGGACGUUAUUAUGGCAUGCCUUGAUGACCCAGACAUUUCAAUCAAGAUGCAAGCACUGGAGUUGGUUUCCGGCAUGAUCAACAGCGACAGCUUGCAAGGCGUGGUCAACCGCCUCAUGAAACAGCUUGCGAAUUCGCCAGCAAACGAGGCGAAUGGUCAUUCGGACGAGGGUCUGACAGACAUGGAACAACGACUAGUGCCCGAUAAACGAGGGUCGGAAAAUGCUCACAUAUCUGACGAAUAUCGGCACGAGAUCAUCUCCCGAAUCCUGGACAUGUGUUCAAAAGACACGUAUGCCAGCAUAACAGACUUUGAGUGGUAUAUCGAGAUACUCAUCCACCUUGUUCGACACCUUCCAGCAGACAAAGAUAUUGGUUCGUCAAGAGUGUCAAGCGAAGGCAGCAGUUCUCUGGGAGGUCGGAUAGGAGGGCAACUCCGUGACAUUGCCAUUCGAGUGAAAGAGCUUCGUCCAGAAACGACCAGGGCCGCCGAAACGCUGGUGCUAAUGUCCAAUCGGACCAUUGUUUAUGCUAGACACGGUGGCGGCCAGAGUCAGGUCCUUCAAGCCACGGUCUGGAUCUGUGGGGAGUUUGCAGAAUAUCUGAGCAACCCAUACGAACUUCUCAACUCACUGAUCCACGAAUCAACGCAUGAUCUCGUUUCGACCACUCUGGCAAUUGCCAUCCAAGCUAUUCCGAAAAUCAUCUCCCACAUUGCUCUCACCACGAAUCGCGAAUGGAAUGUCUCCCGAGGUACGACCAUGUCGUUGAUGCUGGCUCGAGCUACUGAAUUCCUGGAGACACUCUCCUCGCACCCCAAUCUGGAGGUACAGGAGAGGGGCGUUGAGUUUCUGGAACUUCUUCGACUAGCCUCGGAAGCACUGUCGAAUCAACCCAGCGAUAGCAAUCAAGCGCCACUUCUUCUCACGUCUGCCAUUCCGAGUCUUUUCUCCGGGAUGGAGCUCAAUCCUGUGUCAGCAGCUGCUCAAUCAAAAGUACCUGUGCCUCUGGAUCUGGACCUCGAUGAACCUAUAAACCCCUACCUACCGUCCAUUCUGCAAGCUUCUCAAGUGGCCGACGAAGAGGAUUCUGGUGACGAUGUCUAUCACUCAUUUUACCAUGAUCGUGAGCCUGCUCAAGCUAUUGCGUCGCUGCAACCUCAACCUGCAGCGGUACGAUUGAGCGAGCCUACUGAAAAUGAACCACUAUCCUACCAAUCUGCUCCUGACUCUCCCGCAACCCUAGCAAGGCGCAAGGCCGAAAGACUUGCCCGAGCCAGGGACGAUCCAUUCUAUAUCGCACCUUCAGACGACACAGACCCACGUAUCCACGACAUCAUAAGCAAAACGAACGGUGACGAAGAAUUAGAUGUCGACUCGAUCCCAAUUAUAGACUUACAUAUCGACUCUACGCAAGCACGAGCCGCUCACGAUGGCAUACAAGCCUCAGAACGUUCGGCAAGAAAGAAGAAGCCGGCACGAAAGUUUGUGGUGGCAGCCGAUGAGACAUUAGAGUCACAAUCCCUCUCAGGCUCUCAUCCGACGUCGCACUCCUCCACCCCAUCUGGCAACCGGCACCGAUCGCUCAGUCCGAGCGGACAGCACCAUGGCAAAGCUCCCGUCCGUCCCGUCCGCAGUAUAUUAACCGUGGACUCGUCGACGUUGCAACGCUUGAUGUUGGAAGGACCGCCAGAAUCGGAGAUGGACAUCCUCCGCCGUGAAGCAGAGGAGGCGGAAAUGGCGGUUGCCCUGCGCGAAGUGGAGAGGAAGAGACUUGAGAUGCAGCGCGAAAUCGAACGAAAACAGACGAUUCUAGGCGAGGGAGUGGAUGCCGAAGGGACGGUUGUCCGGCGGAAGAAGAAGAAGCGAGCCAAGAUCGCGGAUGGGGACGCCGCUACGGCUCAACAACAGCCGGAAGAAGGUGUUGUGAAGAAGAAAAAGAAGAAGGUCAAGACGAAAUCCCAGGGUGAUCAAGACGCUGGUGCCGAGGCUGCGCAGGUGCAGGAGCAGGAAGAUAAGGCGCCGCCAGAGGACACAUCAUGAUGUCGGGCAUAACGGGGUAUCUGCGAUAGCGCUUGCACGCGAUCACUUGGUGAUGACUGCAUGGCACAAAAGGAUAUUGCAUAUACAGUAGCUUCAAGCCCGCCGUUACAGUCGCUUGAGAUAGAACUGAUCUCAAGACGCGGCUAUCCCGGCUGUUCAUACUUACUGUAGCUAUCUCCAUGUAGAUCUUUUGGUCCGCUGGCAUGUGACGGCUUCAAGCUUCAACUUUCUACUGCGAUACUCCAUACUCCAUACUUGCGCUCAGCUCACUCUUGGCGUAUCACUGGCCUGCAUUAGAGCGAGAAGAAUGCACGUUCAUCGGGUGCCAGAACCCUAGUGUACACGCCAGAAGCCUUUCUCAGCC